AUGAGUACUUCCAGUAGUUUUUCAUUGUCUAGACAGUCAACUAGUUCGAGCACACGUUCCUUUUAUGGUUCAAAUACAAAUAAUAUGUAUUCUAAUAAUAAUAAUAAUAAUAAAGAAGAUACCCCCGCGGAUAAAUUGGUUAAAAUGUUAAGUCAUUCUUCCAUAAAUGUUAGUGAAUCUAUCAACGAACAAAAGAUUAGUAAUAAUUUUCAUAAUAAUAAUGGAUCACUUGGAGAAUUGUCUCCCGAAGUUAUAUCUAAAGUUGAAUCCUUAGCAAAAGAAUUAUCUCGUCAUACAACUAGAGAAGGUUCCUUUCAGUUUAAUGAUAAUAGUGUAAACGACGGAGUAAAAAAUGAUAAUGGUGGUGAUGAUUCAUUUGAUGCAGCUAGAAUUAUUGGUUCAUUUGUUCGUGAUGCUAAUGACCAAGGUAUUCAUAUUAGAAAGGCUGGUGUCACUCUGGAAGAUGUAGGUUGUAGAGGUGUAGAUGGUUCCGCUUUAGAAGGUGCCACUUUUGGUAAUAUCUUAUUUUUACCAUAUACUAUUUAUAACAAGAUAAGGAGAAGACGUCAAAAUGGUAAAUCCAAAAUGAAACAGAUUCUACAGAACUGCAAUGCUUUAGCAAAAGCUGGAGAGAUGAUUUUGGUGCUUGGUAGGCCUGGUGCUGGUUGUUCCUCAUUUUUAAAAGUCACUGCAGGUGAAAUUGACCAGUUUGCUGGAGGUGUAACAGGUGAAAUCACUUAUGACGGUAUACAUCAAAGGGAAAUGAUGAAACAUUUCAAAUCAGACGUCAUAUACAAUGGUGAGUUAGAUGUGCAUUUUCCAUAUCUAACAGUUAAACAAACUCUUGAUUUUGCCAUUGCUUGUAAAACUCCUGCUAAGAGAGUGAACAAUGUGACAAGACAAGAAUAUAUUAAUUCAACAAGAGAAUUAUAUGCCACAAUUUUUGGUUUAAGACAUACCUAUAACACCAUUGUUGGUAACGAUUUCGUAAGAGGUGUCUCCGGUGGUGAAAGAAAGCGUGUCUCUAUUGCUGAAGCACUUGCAGCUAACGGAUCCAUUUAUUGUUGGGAUAAUGCAACUAGAGGGUUAGAUGCUUCUACUGCCUUAGAAUAUGCUAAAGCUAUCCGUAUCAUGACUAAUCUUCUUGGGUCAACUGCUUUUGUCACCAUAUAUCAAGCAAGUGAAAAUAUUUAUGAAACCUUUGAUAAAGUUACUGUAUUAUAUUCAGGUAAACAAAUAUAUUUCGGUAGGAUUGAAAAUGCAAAGGCUUAUUUUGAAAAGAUGGGUUAUUUAUGUCCACCAAGACAAGCUACUGCCGAAUAUUUAACUGCAUUGACUGAUCCAAAUGGUUAUCAUAUUGUUAAGCCAGGUUUUGAAAAUAAAGUACCAAAGACUGCUGAGGAAUUUGAACAAUAUUGGUUAAAUUCCCCCGAAUAUAAGCAAUUAAGAGAAGAUAUCGUUAAAUAUAAGGAAGAGAUAGAUACAGAAGCCACAAGAAAACUUUAUAAAGAUUCUAUCGCCGCAGAAAAAUCAAGAGGCGCAAGUAAAAAAUCAUAUUAUACAGUGUCAUAUUGGGAACAAGUCAGAUUAUGUGUUCGUCGUGGUUUUCAAAGAAUUUAUGGUAAUAAAACCACUACUAUAACAAAUAUUGUAGCUGCAGUGAUACAAGCUUUUAUUACAGGGUCUAUGUAUUAUAAUACACCAUCUUCUACUAAUGGUGCAUUUUCAAGAGGUGGUACCCUUUACUUCUGUUUGUUGUAUUAUUCUUUGAUGGGGUUGGCUAAUAUCUCUUUUGAACAUAGACCAAUUUUACAAAAACAUAAAGAUUACUCUCUAUAUCAUCCAUCAGCAGAAGCAUUGGCAAGUACAAUUGCUGGGUUCCCAUUUCGUAUGAUUGGUUUAACUUUAUUUAUAAUUAUUAUAUACUUCCUUGCUGAUUUGCACAGGACUCCAUCUGCAUUCUUUAUCGUUUACCUGUUCUUAACAAUGUGUUCUGAAGCUAUUACGGCGUUAUUCGAGUUCAUUGCAGCAGGUUGUGAUAAUAUUUCUCAGGCCAAUGCUAUUUCCGGUAUUAUUAUGAUGUCUAUCUCCAUGUAUUCGACAUAUAUGAUUCAAUUGCCAUCCAUGCAUCCUUGGUUUAAAUGGAUCUCAUAUAUUUUGCCAAUUAGAUAUGCAUUCGAAUCUAUGCUUAAUGCUGAAUUUCACGGUAGACAUAUGAGUUGUGCUAAUAGUUUAGUUCCUAGUGGUCCAGCAUAUGAGAAAUUUCCAUUAAUUAAUCACGCAUGUGCUUUCAUUGGUUCUAAGGAAGAUCAAUCAUAUGUUUUAGGAGAUGAUUAUUUAAAAUUGCAAUUCCAAUAUGAAUACAAACAUACUUGGAGAAACUUUGGUAUUAUGUGGUGUUUCUUGUUAGGCUAUUUCAUUUUGAAAUGUGUUAUUACAGAACUUAAAAGACCUGUUAAAGGUGGUGGUGAUGCUUUAGUUUUCAAGAAGGGAUCUAAAAGAUUUGAAAUUCGUAAUGAUGAAGAGGCUGCUGAUGAAUCAAUUGAUAUUAAGGAAAAAUAUUUAGCAAGUAGUACAGAUGAAGAAGAUGAUGCUGUAUUUGGAGAACUUGAAUCUAAGGGUGCUUUCUUAUGGAGAAAAGUUUGUUUUACAAUUCCAUACGAUGGUGGACAAAGAAGAUUAUUAGAUAAUGUCUCUGGGUAUUGUUUACCAGGUACCAUGACAGCAUUAAUGGGUGAAUCGGGUGCUGGUAAGACUACGUUAUUGAAUACUUUAGCUCAAAGAAAUGUUGGUAUUAUUACUGGUGAUAUGUUGGUAAAUGGUCGUCCUAUUGACAAGAGUUUUGAGAGGCGUACUGGUUAUGUUCAACAGCAAGAUAUUCAUAUCGCUGAAUUAACUGUUAGAGAAUCUUUGAUUUUUUCUGCUCGUAUGCGUCGUGCUCAACAUAUUUCAGAUGAAGAAAAGAUUGCAUAUGUUGAUAAGAUCAUUAGAAUUCUUGAUAUGGAAGAUUAUUCUGAUGCUUUGGUAGGUGCUGUUGGUAACGGCUUAAAUGUGGAACAGAGAAAGAAACUAUCAAUUGGUGUUGAAUUGGUUGCUAAACCUGACAUCUUAUUAUUCUUAGAUGAGCCAACUUCAGGGUUAGAUUCUCAAUCUGCUUGGGCAAUUGUUCAGUUAUUGAAAAAAUUAGCUGCUGCUGGUCAAUCUAUCUUGUGUACAAUCCAUCAACCUUCUGCUACUUUAUUUGAACAAUUUGAUAGGUUAUUGUUAUUAAGGAAAGGUGGCCAAACUGUGUAUUUUGGUGAUAUUGGUGAAAAUUCGUCAACAGUGUUAUCAUAUUUUGAGAGAAAUGGUGCUAGAAAAUGUUCAUCCAAGGAGAAUCCUGCUGAAUAUGUCUUAGAAGCUAUUGGUGCAGGUGCUACCGCAACAGUUAAAGAAGAUUGGCAUGAAGUCUGGUUAAAUUCACAAGAAUAUGUUGACAGUGAAAACAAGGUUACUGAAUUAAUAAAUGAAUUAUCUUUGAAGAAUGACGAAUCAGAAGUCGGUGCAAAUACAUCUAAGUACGCUACAUCGUACUUUUACCAAUUUAGGUAUGUUUUACAAAGAACUAGUCUUACUUUUUGGAGAAGUUUAGAUUAUAUUAUGUCCAAGAUGAUGUUAAUGACAGUAGGUGGGUUAUAUAUUGGGUUUACCUUCUACAGUCCUGGUAAUAGUUACACUGGUUUACAAAACACACUUUUUGCUGUUUUUAUUUCUAUUGUUUUGUCUGCACCAGCCAUGAAUCAAAUCCAAGCACGUGCAAUUGCUGCAAGAGAAUUAUAUGAAACAAGAGAGUCUAAAUCCAAUAUGUUCCACUGGUCACUAUUAUUAUUAACACAGUAUUUAAGUGAAAUUCCAUACCACUUAUUAUUUAGUGCUAUCUUUUUUGUUUCGUCAUAUUUCCCAUUAAGAAUUCACUUUGAAGCUUCCGCCUCUGGUGUUUAUUAUUUGAAUUAUUCUAUUAUGUUCCAAUUGUAUUAUGUUGGUAUGGGUUUGCUAGUUCUAUACAUGGCACCAAAUCUACAAUCUGCUAAUGUAAUUCUUGGUUUAUUGUUGUCCUUUAUGAUUGCUUUUUGUGGUGUUGUGCAACCUAAAUCUCUUUUAAAUGAUUUCUGGGUCUUUAUGAAUGUGGCUUCCCCUUACACAUAUUUUGUCCAAAAUUUAGUCUCUAUUGUAUUACACAAAAAGCCUGUAAUUUGUAGUUCCAAAGAGUUGAAUUACUUCCAGCCUCCGGAAAAUAUGACCUGUGGUGCUUAUAUGAAGACAUUCUUUUCUUAUUCAAGUGGUUAUAUUGCAAAUCCAGAUGCUACUUCAGAUUGUGCAUACUGUAUAUAUUCUGUGGGUGAUGAUUAUUUGAAGCACAUUUCUGCUAGUUAUUCCAAUUUAUGGAGAAACUUUGGUAUUUUUUUCAUUUAUAUUUUCUUCAACCUUUUUGCGAUGGUAUUUUUCUAUUAUUGGCUACAUGUAAGAGGUGUCUCAUUUCUUAAUCCUGCCAAACUAAUGAAAAUACUGAAAAGAAAGAAGAAUUGA